UGGCACCUGGUCGGCACCAUCUGUGUCCUGCUCUCCUUCCCCUUCAUCUUCAGCCCCUGCCUGGGCUGCGGGGCGACCACGCCCGAGUGGGCCGCACUCCUCUACUACGCGCCCUUCAUCGUCAUCUUCCAGUUCGGCUGGGCCGCUACGCAGAUCGCCCACCUCAGCCUCAUCCCUGAGCUUGUCACCAACGACCACGAGAAGGUGGAGCUCACCGCUCUCAGGUACGCCUUCACCGUGGUGGCCAACAUAACCGUCUAUGGCGCCGCCUGGCUCCUGCUCCACCUGCAGGCAUCUUCGCACGUGGGGCCCAUCCAGGAUGUCAGCGACCAGCUGGGGGUCCAGGACGUGCCUGUGUUUCGGAACCUCGCCCUGUUGGUGGUGGGCAUCGGUGCUGUCUUCUCAAUACUGUUCCACCUGGGCACCAGGGAGGGGCGCCGGCGGCAGGUGGAGGCGCAGGACGAACACACCCCACUGCUGGCCCCCGCCGCGGCCCAGCCCUUGCUGCUCUGGAAACACUGGCUUCGGGAGCCGGCCUUUUACCAGGUGGGCCUGCUGUACAUGAGCACGAGGCUCAUUGUGAACCUGUCCCAGACGUACAUGGCCAUGUACCUCACCUACUCCCUCAACCUGCCCAAGAAGUUCAUCGCCACCAUCCCGCUGGUGAUGUACCUCAGUGGUUUCUUCUCCUCCUUCCUUAUGAAGCCGGUCAACAAGUGGAUCGGGCGGCACAUGACCUACUUCACGGGCCUCCUGCUGAUCCUGGCCUUCGCGGCCUGGGUGGCGCUGGCAGAUAGGCUGGGUGUGGCUGUGUAUACAGUGGCUGUGCUGCUGGGCAUGGGCUGUGCCACCAUCCUCGUCACCUCCCUGGCCAUGACGGCUGACCUCAUUGGCCCCCACACGCACAGUGGAGCCUUCGUGUAUGGCGCCAUGAGCUUCUCGGAUAAAGUGGCCAAUGGGCUGGCAGUCAUGGCCAUCCAGGGUCUGCAUCCCUGCUCCUCGGAGCUCUGCUGCAAGGCCUGCGUGGGCUUCUACCACUGGGUAAUGGUGGCCGUGACGGGCGGCGUGGGCGUGGCCGCCACCCUCUGUCUGUGCAGCCUCCUCAUCUGGCCCAUCCGCCUGCGUAGCUGGGCCCCUGGAGCCCAGCCCUGACGUCCCCCCAAGGCCUCCUGCCCAGUGCAAAGGACUGCGACCACGCACAUUCCACGCCCUGCUCUCAGGUCCCCACCCCUCCUUCCUGGCCCAGCUGUGGAGUCAGCGGGUGAGGGCAGGACCCCGGCUGGGGCGAUAGCUGGCUAGGCUCUCUGGUAUCCAGGGGCCCACGGGUUUAGGGGUGCCCCGGCCUAACGGACAACCGGGGGUACCAUGUUGCGUGAGGCAGGGUGUGUAGGUCCUGGGGCCCGGCUGGGGUCUCCACUCAGGGACAGCGUUGUCGCUGAGCCCUUCUGGAGCGGGGGAUGGGGAGCCCAGCCUCGGCUCCCUGCUCCCAGGAUGCUGCUGAUGGUGAAUAAAGAGCCGCCCACACGAGGACUGGCCUUAGCUGUCUGCCUGGGCCCCGGGCGGGGAGGGCAGUGGCUGCCCUGCACCUGUGCCGCUGGGGACUUGCUGGAGACUCCCUUUUUUACCUGACCACCCAGCACCCUGGGCCCCAGAUGUGGACAGAAGCCCAGGAAGAGGCGUGGCGUCGCCGCAGAGGGACAGUCUUUAUCAGAGGGUGGGCGUGUGGACAGCGGGGGGCCGCUGGCCGAUGGCCGGGCAGUAGGGUUCCAGGUCCCACUGCCGGUAGUUCUGGGUGGUGUAGCGUGGCCGCUGCUGUGCUGACAGGUCGGGCACGUAGUCGGAUACCCUGCCCAGUGGCUCCACCCCGUACCGGUGCCUGUUGACCACUGUGGGGCAGGACCUGGGUCACCUCCUGGCCCCAGCUUCCUGGCCCCAGGCAGUUUCACCCCCAGUGCCCGCGACCCUGGCCUCACCAUAUUCCUUGCCCCGGAUGGGUCUGUCUUUCCACAGCAUGGUCCCCCACCGCGUGCUGGGGGCCCUGUGCUGGGUGGGCACGAUGGGGUCGUACCAGGCGGUCUCCCGGAGGUGCUGGGUGUAGGCUGCGGGAGAGUGGGAGGGAGGUCGUCUCUGGCCCUUGCUCUCCCUUGGGGCUGGCCCGGAUCAGGGCGGGCAGGCCUGGCACUCACCCGAGGGCAUGCUGCGCUCCCGGUGGCCGUAGCAUCCUUGCCAGUGGGCGUAAGCCUCACGGUAGGGGCUGUCCAGGGACCUGGGGAGCGUGUACCAGGCUUCGCGGAAGUCCGAGUUGGUUAGGCCUGUGUACCAUGACUGGCCGGCCGCGUCUCGUCCCAUGGGCGUGUACUUCCAGCGCACUGCCUGUCUGAUGGCCGGCGUCCAGCGGGGCCCCGCCAGGGAUAGGUAGUCAUCACUGAGGGCCAAGGGAGGGGACAGGCUGAGCCUGGGGCUGUCCUCUGCUCGUCGCUAGGAUGGGCCUUUUACCCCCUUUGCCACGUCGCGGCAUCGAGGGAGCGAAGGCCUGGCCUGCCCUGUGGGGCCUUCUCCAUCUCAGCUGCGAGUCCCAGAGUGGGAGGCCCUCUCCUCUGUCGCGUCCUCCCAUGAACCUCUCAACGUUUCAGCUCUCCUCGACUCUCCCCCAGGGGACUCCAGGCAAUGGGGUACAAAAGCUGUGGCCACUCCUGGGCUCCUAAAGUCCUUGUCCAGCCUCUCACGUGCAGGCCCCUUCCUCUGGGAAGCCCCCCCGGCCUGGAGGCACACCGGGAAGACAUGGUCUCGGCUGAGCAAGAGGCUUGAGGAGACCAUGGGGGGUCAUGUCAUCAUCCACCCAGUCAUCAGGGACCAGCUGGGGGUGAGAACGAGCUCACAGUUAAAGGACAAACUAGGUAGCUACACAUUUGUGCCUGUUCCGGGGCCUCUGGUGCCAGAGCCUGUCCUAGGCUGCGAGCACCAGGGCUUCCCCAAGGAGGUGGUGGCCCACUCCAGGUGGAGAGAGUGACAUGCACAGGCCCAGAGGCAGCAGAGGAUGGUUUAAGGGACAGAGAGGCCGCAGUGCAGACAGGUUAGUGAAAACGGGCUGAUGGCAAAAAUCAAACCUCAGUAAGUUCCCAUUAAAACUAAACAUGAGGAAAAGCGGAAAACCCCGAAGUUGGCGAAGCUGCAGGGAAACCUGCUUAAGCAGAAAGCGUGGAUGGCGCUUCCCCCCAGAGGGCAUCUUGGCAGCACUCCUGCCCAGAGACAGACGAGCGUAUGCUCUUUCCCACGAGCUCGGUCCUGGGACUCGCCUGGGGUGGAGCUGGCGCCCCAGGAUGACCCCAGCAGGCCACUGACUGGACGCCUUCAUCUCUGCCGCGGAGCCCAGCUCAGUCCUCGCUCGGCAUCAAAACCAGAAACACGCCUCAGAAAAGGUGGGAUGAGCCGGGUCGGUUCUGGACACCAGCCUCAGGGAUCUGACGCAGACUGGGUUUGCCACCCAGAGGGACAGAUCAAGAUCGCCUGGGGUGUCCCGUGCUCUGAACAUACAAUGACUGUCCGCCCGCCCCAGCCGCCAGCCUGGACUGCCCCGAUCAUCCCUGCGGCCUUCCAGAAGUGGCCAGUGUGUGCGCCCUCCGGGACAGAAACGUGGGAGCCUGCUGCCCUUUCUAAAAUUUUCUUGGAAAUGGAGUGGCGUGAAGAGCACUCAUGGAUCAGCUUUUGUUUUCACUGCUGCUGAAUAUUCACUGUAACUGACUGGGAAUCGCCUGUUAAUGGGUGGUCUAGUAGGUUGGGUGUCCCCCCAAAUUCACAUCCACCGGGAACCUCAGAACGUGACCUGAUGUGAACAGGGUCUUAGCGGGCAGAUGCUGAGGCCACAGUGGGUUAGGAUGGGCCCCAGUGUCCCUGUAGGGAGAGGGGACUCUGGACACACACGAGAGGUCACGGGGAGACUGAAGCAGAGAUGGGGUGGUGCGUCGACAAGACCAGGGACACCAAGGACUGCCAGUGGGUCGUCGGAACCGGGGAGAACACGGAGCAGGUUCUCCCUCACGGCCUUGGGAGGAAUUAGCCUUGAUCCUGGAUGAGCUUCUGGCCUCCAGAACUGGGAAAGAAUAAACUUCUGGUGUUUGAGCUG